AUGGAUGAACAUGGAAUCUUCCGUGAAGGAGACAGUCUUUCAUCAAGCGUCGCGAUACCCUCUUGCACCCUACGUCCCGCCCCCGACAGCUCCGCCCACUGUGCAAAAACUGCUUAUUCAACAGCAAAAUAUCAUGUACACAUGCUCAAUGCAGAUGUAGCCCUACUUUGUUGGUCGGAUGGCAGCGCCCUUCAAAUUGGCAGCCCUACCCAAAUGCAAUUUGUGAACUUGACGGGUAUUAUGACGGAGGACGUGGAUGGCCACGUCUUGGACAAGUAUGAGCUGCAAAAACGACUCGGUAAAGGUGCUUACGGUAUCGUAUGGAAAGCGAUUGAUCGCCGAACGAAGGACGUUGUCGCUUUGAAAAAGAUAUUUGAUGCCUUUCGGAAUCAAACAGACUCUCAACGGACAUUCCGUGAAGUGAUGUUUCUGCAGGAGUUUGGUCGACAUCCAAAUGUUAUCAAGUUGUUCAACAUUCACAAGGCUGACAAUGACAGGGAUAUCUAUUUGGUGUUCGAAUACAUGGAAGCCGAUUUGCAUAAUGUCAUCAAGAAAAUGACCAUUCUGAAGGACGUCCACAAGCAGUACAUAAUGUGUCAGCUAUUCCGAGCUAUUCGUUUUUUGCACAGCGGAAACGUGCUGCAUAGAGACCUGAAGCCAUCAAAUGUGCUGCUGGAUGCAGAUUGCCGUGUAAAAUUAGCCGAUUUCGGACUGGCACGAUCGCUUUCGUCGGUUGUACUGACUUCAGGUCGAGCAUUGUUUCCCGGGACGUCAACCAUAAACCAGAUAGAACGGAUUAUGAACGCCAUCAGUCGACCGAGUCGUGCCGAUAUCGAAAGUAUCGGUAGUCACUACGCGCUGUCGGUACUCGAGAAGAUGCCGCAAAGGCCUCGAAAAACCCUGGACACCAUGAUCAACACCAAUAAUCCUCAUGCACUUGAUCUCAUUCAUAGGCUAUUGAUUUUUGCGCCUCACCGACGGUUAACUGUGGAGCAAUGCUUGGUUCAUCCGUAUGUUGUGCAAUUUCAUAAUCCGGCUGAUGAGCCGGUGCUACCGUAUGAUAACGUGCACAAUCGGCCGAUUCACGAACAUCCAAAGGAAAUGGUACGGCCAAAGGUCGGAGGCGAUCAAUCGAACGACCAAGAAUGUUUAGCGGAAUUAAGCCGAGUCGGCUAA